AGUCCCAACCUCGUCCUUCCAUCCUCGGCUCCAAAUUUCUCCCAAUCCUCUCUCUCUAUCUGCUCUGUUCCUUCAAUCAAAAAUUUUCUUGCCCUUUAAAAUCCAACACUUCCUCAGACCCCUCACUUUCUCCUCUCUACAUUCUCAUCAUGAUUAGGGUUCUUCUUGGUUUUUCUCUCCUCCUCCUCCUCCAACUCUCCUCUGCUCCUUCUUCUUCUUUUUCCCCUGCUCUGUGCAUGACCACACCACCCCCCUCCUUUUAAUGCUCCCAAACACUGGCUCUCAAUCCCCCUCCAGGGAGAGCCUUCUGUUCAUCCCCUCCCAGCUUCUGUCACCCUAAGCUCUGUUUUCGUGUUCUUGGGAGAUCUUGAGCUUAGAUCGCCCUGCCUGAGCUGUGUUCCUCUGUAAUAAGCUGCUUCCGGAAGUUGAUGGUCGAUACCCUUUUCUGGGUCGGUGAGAUUUCCGGGGGUUGAGCUCAAACUGUGCAAGAUUUUAAGAUUUCUUUUGGCAAAGAAAGAACCAUAAAACGCCUAGAAAUUUCCAAACUUGUCCCGGGAGCUUUUUCACUUUUCAGCCCAUUUUCAGCAAGCCCUUCAGCAGCUUCUGCUUCAAUCAACCCCAAUACACCCGGCGGUGUUUCGGUCUCACGACGAAACUGAAGGGAAACCCAUCUCGGCCUUUACCUUCCCCUACAAGGCUCCACUCUCUCUCUCUCCCUCUCUCUCUCUCUCUCUGUGUGCUUAAAUCAGUCGCAAAGUGACGAGCUUUACAUAGAGCCAGCUUGACAAAAGAAAGAAAGAGUGGGAAUCUUGUGAAGCUGUUGAUACUGAGAGGCCAAGCUCUAGUUCUCGAGGUAUGGCUAUGGUGGUGGCCCAUAACCGGGAGAGCAGUAGCAGCGGGGGCGGAGGUGGGGGGAGCCUCAGCAAGCACUUAACUGAUUCCGGCAAGUAUGUGAGGUACACGGCCGAGCAGGUCGAGGCCCUCGAGAGGGUGUACUCCGAGUGUCCGAAGCCAAGCUCCAUCCGCCGGCAGCAGCUGAUCAGGGAGUGCCCCAUUUUGUCUAACAUUGAGCCUAAGCAGAUCAAGGUCUGGUUCCAGAACCGCAGGUGCCGAGAGAAGCAGCGGAAAGAGGCCUCGAGGCUGCAGACAGUGAAUCGGAAACUAACGGCCAUGAACAAGCUGUUGAUGGAGGAGAAUGAUAGGUUGCAGAAGCAGGUCUCCCAGUUGGUCUGCGAGAACGGCUAUAUGCGGCAGCAACUCCACACUACACCAACUGCAACAGACGCAAGUUGUGAUUCUGUAGUUACCACUCCUCAGCACUCUAUGAGAGACGCCAAUAACCCUGCUGGACUCCUCUCCAUUGCAGAGGAGACAUUGGCAGAGUUCCUCUCAAAGGCUACAGGAACUGCUGUUGAUUGGGUUCAGAUGCCUGGGAUGAAGCCUGGUCCGGAUUCGGUUGGGAUCUUUGCCAUUUCGCAAAGUUGCAGUGGAGUGGCUGCUCGAGCCUGUGGUCUCGUGAGUUUGGAACCUUCAAAGAUCGCAGAGAUCCUUAAAGACCGUCCAUUAUGGUUCCGGGACUGUCGGAACCUUGAAGUCUUCACCAUGUUUCCUGCUGGCAAUGGGGGAACUAUUGAACUCAUCUACACGCAGGUUUAUGCACCAACGACGCUUGCUCCUGCACGGGAUUUCUGGACUCUGCGAUACACAACUACUUUGGAGAAUGGCAGUCUCGUGGUAUGCGAGAGAUCUCUUUCUGGUUCCGGAGCCGGGGCCAACGCAGCUGUAGCUUCUCAGUUUGUUAGAGCUGAAAUGCUUCCUAGUGGGUAUCUGAUUCGGCCUUGUGAAGGUGGAGGAUCAAUCAUUCAUAUUGUUGACAACCUCAAUCUCGAGGCCUGGAGCGUGCCCGAGGUACUUCGCCCACUGUACGAAUCAUCAAAAGUCGUGGCGCAAAGAAUGACUAUUGCGGCCCUACGGUUCGUCCGGCAAAUUGCUCAGGAAACGAAUGGAGAAGUCGUGUAUGGUUUGGGUAGGCAACCUGCUGUACUAAGAAAUUUCAGCCAGAGAUUAAGCAGAGGCUUCAAUGAUGCAAUCAAUGGGUUCAAUGACGAUGGUUGGACGCUAUUAAACUGUGAUGGUGCCGAAGAUGUCAUCAUUUCCAUUAAUUCCUCUAAGAACUUGAAUGCUACCUCAGCUCCUAAUGCCUUCUCAUUUCUCGGAGGGAUCCUCUGUGCAAAGGCUUCUAUGCUCCUCCAAAAUGUCCCGCCUGCAGUGUUGGUUCGGUUCCUCAGGGAGCACCGCUCGGAGUGGGCUGAUUUCAAUGUUGAUGCCUAUUCUGCAGCAUCAUUGAAGGCAGCUUCCUAUGCUUAUCCUGGCUUGAGACCUACGAGGUUUACUGGGAGCCAAAUCAUUAUGCCCCUCGGCCACACAAUCGAACACGAGGAGAUGCUGGAAGUCAUUCGACUUGAAGGCCAUUCUCUUGCCCAAGACGAUGCUUUUGUGUCAAGGGACAUUCAUCUCUUGCAGAUUUGCAGUGGCAUUGAUGAGAAUGCAGUCGGGGUUUGUUCUGAACUGGUGUUCGCCCCAAUUGACGAAAUGUUCCCUGAUGAUGCUCCGUUGCUUCCCUCAGGUUUCCGGGUCAUCCCAUUGGAUUCAAAAUCAAGUGAUGCACAGGAGAACAAUUUGACAAAUCGGACCCUUGAUCUAGCAUCCAGCCUUGAGGUGGGAUCGGGUGCGGCCAACAGUGCUGGAGAGGGGGCGCGAUCGUCUAGCACACGGUCUGUGUUGACGAUUGCAUUCCAAUUCCCCUUUGAGGGCAGCCUACAAGAUAAUGUUGCUUCGAUGGCACGACAAUAUGUCCGGAGCGUGAUUUCCUCUGUUCAGCGUGUGGCUAUGGCAAUAUCCCCAUCGGGAAUGGCCCCGCCUGUGGGACCGAAGCUCUCCCCAGGCUCUCCAGAGGCCCUUACUCUUGCUCACUGGAUCUGUCAAAGCUACAAUUACCAUUUGGGGACAGAACUGCUCGGGUCUGAUUCUCUCGGCGGGGAUUCCGUGUUAAAGAACCUUUGGAAUCACCAGGAUGCAAUUUUGUGCUGUACUUUGAAGUCUCUUCCGGUGUUCAUUUUCGCAAACCAGGCCGGGUUAGACAUGCUGGAGACGACCCUAGUGGCCCUUCAGGACAUCACGCUCGACAAGAUAUUCGAUGAAGCUGGCCGGAAGGCACUGUGUGAUGACUUUGCCAAGUUGAUGCAGCAGGGAUUCGCCUGCUUGCCCGGAGGAGUGUGCAUGUCGAUAAUGGGGCGGCACGUCUCAUACGACCAAGCCAUCGCGUGGAAAGUCCUAUCGGGAGAAGACAACUCCGUCCACUGCCUCGCCUUCUCCUUCGUCAACUGGUCUUUCGUGUGAAUCUUUUCCUUUUGACCCUUUUUCUCGGUUUUCCGACUCAUCAUCCAUUUUAUGUUAUAGUAAAGAUUCAGUAGUAGCCUGUGCAAAGAAAAAACGGAUGGAUGAUGAGGGGAAAUUGCAAGUUUUGUAGUACUCAGAACCCGGCCUCUCUGGCUGUGUCCCUUAAAUCUUUUUAAUUAAUUUAAUCGAAAUUUUAUUUUUAUCAUGCCA